AUGGGAGAGUCGACCAUUACUCUACAAGAUGUAUCUAUCAUACUCGGUCUUCGCGUAGAUGGUCCUUAUAUUACUGGUAGUGAUAAAGCUGUAUGGCGGACCAAAUGUGAGCGGUUGUUAGGUGUAGCUCCAGAGUCAAUGCCUAAAGGGAAUAUUAGAUUGAAGUGGUUGAAAGAGACCUUCUCAGAGUCAUUGCCUAUUGAUGCGCCACAUAUAUUGAUUGAGCAACAUGCACAUGCAUAUAUUAUGCACAUGAUCGGUUUAAUAUUAUUUCCAGAUUCGAGUAAAGAUAAAGUGCAUGAGAGGAAAUACAAAAUGAAUAUGGUUGCAAUGUUUUUACAGGAAAUUAACAUGGACCUUGCAAAAGAACGUGCACAAUGUAGUGCACAGGAAAUGCACGAGACUGCAUUUAGAUUUUGUGCCCAGGAAAUGGAUGGAACUACUAGUCCCGUCCAUUUCCUGGAAAACAACCGAAGUCUCUGCUUAAAACUCGGGACUGCUAGUCUCGAGUUUUUAGCAGUCCCGAGUUUUAAGCAGAGACUUGGGCCCUUUCGCAUGAAAUGUACGAGACUACUUGGUUUGGCAUGGCUAAUCGUGGAUUAG